UCUAAAUCUUGGACUCAAUGCCCAGCAAGACUCAAAGUUCAUCUUAUAGCCUGCCUAGAACAGCCAUCUAGAAGUAGCACUUCUAGGAGUAUAGAUGCUUGCUAAACAGGAACAUCAAAUGCAGUGAUGGGGAAUUUGGAAGCAAAAGCUGAACAAGUUCAUAAUAUCUAGUUGCCUGGUGUUUUCCUAACCAGACUUCAGCUUGGUAUCCAGCCCUUACAGACUAUAGUAUCUUCCUGAGUUUGCUGGUAGAAGGCACAAACUUAGUCAGUUGAGAUUGCUGGGGCCAAUUCCUUUUGGAUGUUACAUAAUUAAACUUGGCAUUGUUUAAAGUUAUAGGUUAUGCCUUACAGACUGUAAAAGUUGGUAUGAACCAAAUUACUGUAGACUACAUGGACUCUUCCAAACUAGUUCUUUAACAAUACCACUCCUUUGUCAACAUGUCUACCUCAACUUAGCAUGAUAAAUUCAGCCCAAGGCUUCAGCUGACCUUUCUGUAACUUGUAAGAAAUUAUAUUAUAAAAAAUAAAGUAGAACUUGCUUCUAAUGACAAAGAUGUAACAAGUUAUUGGCCUUCUGGAAGUAUUGAACCACUCUCUAAAGCAUAGCUGUUGCCUAAACCUGCCUCUACACUGAAGCCUGAAGAAUUUCACUAAAGUACCAGCUCUCUAAAAGUAGAAAAGUGCUUUAUUUGAAGUCCUUUAUUCAGAAGCUCUGUAGUACUGAGAUCACAAUGUCCUGAGAAGCUCCUAGGUUGGUUUGUCAGAGUCAACAAAAGAAACCAUUGAAAGGUGGCUGGCGUGUGGGGAGGCCUAACCCAGAAUCAUGGAUUUACCAAGGCACUAAGUGAAUACCAGGACGAUGUACCACAUUUGCAUCUUAUUACCCUCCUUGGGAGCUGCUUAUGGAACAGCAAAGAGUGGCACAGGUAUUGCAGCCAUGUCUGUCAUGAGGCCUGAACUGAUCAUGAAGUCAAUCAUCCCUGUUGUCAUGGCUGGUAUUAUAGCUAUCUAUGGCCUGGUAGUGGCAGUCCUUAUUGCCAACUCCCUUGCACCUGGCAUCACACUAUUCAAGAGCUUCCUUCAACUGGGUGCUGGCUUGAGUGUGGGCCUCAGUGGUCUGGCUGCUGGCUUUGCCAUUGGCAUUGUGGGUGAUGCAGGCGUACGGGGGACAGCACAGCAGCCCAGGUUAUUCGUGGGAAUGAUCCUGAUCUUGAUCUUCGCUGAAGUCUUGGGUCUCUAUGGCCUCAUUGUUGCCCUGAUCCUUUCCACAAAGUAAACACCACAGAGUAUAAUGUAAAGAAUUAAACAAACAAAAUCACAAUUAAAACAAAAGCUCCAGAAUGAAAAUGGUCUCCACAAUGUGUACAGUUGUCUUAAUUUGGUAGUGGAUCUCUUGUAAAUGCGCAAUGUAUGUUAGUGACUUGUCUGUCCUGUGUGUAAUUCAAUAUUAAACUGGAUGGGCUGUCCCAAGCCUGCUUCAGGGCUUGGCAUGACCUAUGUUCAACUUUCCACCCAUUUGCCAUUAGAGUAUGUAUAAAUAGGAACUAGAAAUGUAAUUUUUUUCUCUUCACUGGAUGUUUAUUUAUAAAAGACUUGACAUGUUCAUGCAUUAUGGAGCAAGAAUUUUCAAUUUCCCAUGCUAUAUAUAUUAAUCAUAUAUAGGUAGAUUAUUACACUGUGGGGUUAAUUGUAAGUGCAGAGAAUUUCUUGGAUGUAACUUGAUGCUAAAGAUUGCUGUCGUGUCCUGGUAUUGGAGUGUGAGAAUUGUUUGUUUUUACUUAUACAGCAAAUGUCCAACACUCCCAUGUUUCCAGUAGUAAAAUUUAUGCUCCAGCAUCAGUCGUGCACCCAGUGUUGGGUUUUGCAGUUAUACAAUGUUUCCAAAUAAAACUUCCUCCACUACCCUA